AUGGUCAUGGAGACUAAACACCUCGGCGCAACCCCUGUUAAAACGUCCCCCCACAGAAAACUGAACUCCUCCCAGGGCGUAAUCUCAGCAAGAGAUUUACUAACAUGCUCUGAGGAGGAAAUCAAAGAAGAAUUGUCAAGCCAGGGCGUGAUUGAAGUAAAAAGAAUAAAACGAAAAACCGACAGGGGUCUUAUAAAUACAGCGUCUCUCAUAUUAACAUUUGACAGACCAGAGAUGCCGAAAGAAGUAUGGGCCAUAUACCAAAGAUUCUUGGUCCGUCCUUUUUUACCGGCACCAAUGAGAUGCUUCAAAUGCUUAAAGUUUGGCCACACAGCACUUCGAUGUAGAAACCAGAACACGAUUUGCUCGUGUGGCGUGCCGGUGCACGAAGGGCGGCCAUGUGUAGAUCCGCCGAGGUGUGUAAAUUGUGAUGGGCCGCAUCAUGCAAGAUCCAGUGCGUGCCGAAUACUAAAAGAGGAAAGAGAAAUACAGAGGUUAAAGGCAGAAAAAGGUAUGAGUCAUGUUGAAGCAAGGGCUCUAGUCCGCAGCUCAGCGUUUUCACGGCCAAAUAUGAGCUAUGCGAGGGCUGCCGGACAGUCGGCACCAAAAAAAGGUUUGACCGUGGAGAUGGCCAUACAAACAGAGCCAUCCCCACCAAUAUACACCUUCCGGGGUUGCCAAUGCCGAGAGGAUAGGUUUCUCCUUUUUGGCAGAAAAGACGAGGGCAGUUCACUUCUGUAG